AUGUCUGUCAGCAGUGCCUCGAUCAGAUCCGUAUCCCAGGCAGCCACGAUCGGUGGCACGAAGCAGAAGCUCAAGGUACCGCCUCACAAGGCGAUCCUGUGCCGUACCUGCAAUGAGCUCUUCGACGAUGAGGCGUCUCUGAUCAAGCAUAAGCUGUGGGCUAUGCAAAUUCGAGGCACCCACGCCCACUGCACCGUCUGUGCCAUGGAGUUCAGGACCAUGGACGCCCAGAAACAGCACAUGAUCGAGUCCCAUCCUCAUGAGCAGAACAUCAUUUGCCCCGGAUGUGGCAGCCGCUUCACACGUCUGGCUGGAUUCAUGAAGCACUUGGAGCACGACGAGUGCCCUGAGAUCCGCCGUUCGGACGUGGACAGAAACAGAGCCGAGAAGCUCACUUUCGCUCAUGAGCUCGAGAAGCGGAGCGGUUCGCAGUUCGGCGACUAUUUUCCGAGGCUCCAUCCGAGUGUUCAACAGUCGGCUAUGAGCAACAUCUCCAAGCCGCAGAUGGCACACCCGUCUUUCUUCAGACCCGAAGAUUUCCCUGCGAUUCAGGAGGCCGACGGAGCCUCUAUCCAGGGAAGCUCUACCCAAGGAAGCUCUGCUCAAGAGGACUCUGUUGCUUCGACGAACCUUACGGCCCCAAGUACUCCAAAGACAGAGAGUCUGGGAAGUUCCCAAGGAGCCUCGAAGGUCCAAGAUGUUCACAACCCUCAGCACCCCAACUUCGACGUCAUGAAGUACCACAACCCGUACACUCGCAAGUUCAAGUGCCCCCAUGGAUCUUGCUCGAAGAACUUCGGUUCCGCAGCCACGUUGAUCAGCCACCUCAAGGCCGGUUCGCACAACAUUACGAAGCUCCAGUGCCCCGGUUGCCUGCGGUGGUUCAAAGAUGCGUCUUCCUUGACUGCUCACUCCGAGUCGGAGACGAACCGCUGCCAAAUUCGGUACUCGGAGAACUACCGGGUCUACCUUGACCAGCUCACUGGAGGCAUGGCCGAUGUCGUCGGCAAGAACGAGGAUAAUACCAUCCGGUACGAAGUCAGUACUGAGGCCAUCAUCAAAUUCGGUCCUCAGCAGGCUAAGAAAGCUACGGAGGAUCUCAUGGCGAAGCAGGAAGCAGAGCGUCAAGAGCUUCGGUGCACGAUCACAACCAACGCCAUGGCCGAAGCCGAGCUCAAGCAGCUCUUCACCACUGGGGACAAGGGCCUCGAGCCCGAUGUCCUGUCUGAACUGCAGUCCAUCAUGCGCUUGCAUGAGCUUUCCGCCGAGGACCUCUUCUACAAAUGGGAGUCGUACUGCAUCAAGAUGGACAUAGACGCCAUGAACCCCCAGAUAAGCCCUAUGCGCAACUUCAAGAAAUAUCUCCAGGACGCAUUGGAGAGGGCCAACAAACAACAGACACACAUCAAGACCGAGAAGCGCGCACACGGUACCCCUAGGGCGAGAGGCGGGGAUGUGUUCGGCAUGCUGGAUGGCUUGGUGCCCAGCACGCCGUCGUCUGGGAGGUUGAACAAGCCGAGCAGUUUGCGGAAGAAGGAGACACCAACCAUGUCAAGGAUCAAGGCAGAGAUUCCGUCUAGUUCUCCGGACUACAAGGGGUCGUCGAAGAUGGAGGACCAACUCAGUUCUAUGCAGUCCCCGAGUUCCUUCAACGACAGACAGAAUGCCGGCGAUACGAUUGAAGUGCUAAACGACCACCUCAACGCCCCCGAAGUCCCAAUCUGCCCUUAUUCCGAACCCCGCAUCAAGUUGACGGCCGCAUCAGACCAAAAGAAGCUUGCGUACAAGCCCCUUGCUAUGAAGCUGUCUGAAGCGUCAGAGAUUCUCGACGACAGGAUAGACGAGUUCAUGGGUAUCGUCCAAGAGUACCACAAGCUUGAUCUUUCGGAGUUUGGUAAUGCGGCAUCUCAGAGCACUACGGCUGUAAUUGCUGUCGGUCGCAUUGCGUCCGAUGCGCCGGAGGGAAAGCUGAACGCAGCGUCGCUGGUACUGGAGCUCUCGAGGCGGAUGGGUGGCGGUCAACGAGUCUCGUUGAACAUGCGCAGUGUCAAGAAGGGCUUCAGCUUUUUCCCUGGUCAGAUCGUGGCAUUGAAGGGUAUCAACACCUCCGGCAAUGAAUUCCUCGUCGAGGAAGUUCUUGAAGUGCCCCUCCUUCCCAAUGCCGCCUCGACGCCUGCUACAUUGGCUGCACACCGUGAAAAGCUGCGAGGAGACCCAGACGCCAUGGACACCGACUCGGACCCUGCACCGCUCAACAUCAUCUACGCUUCCGGGCCCUACACCGCAGAUGAUAACCUCGAUUUCGAGCCUCUGCAUGCCCUCUGCGACCAGGCGGCCGAUACGUAUGCCGAUGCUCUGGUUCUCACUGGACCGUUCAUUGACAGUGAACAUCCUCUGAUUGCCAUUGGCGACUUCGACCUUCCCGAGGAAGCCGUCAUCGACCCAGACACCGCCACGAUGUCCACUGUCUUCAAGUACCUUUUCUCCCCUGCACUUAACCGUCUCGUCUCGGCGAACCCUAGUAUCACCAUUCUCCUGAUCCCCUCGGUGCGAGAUGUCAUCGACAAGCACGUCUCAUGGCCUCAAGACUCUGUCUUGAAGAAGGACCUUGGCCUUCCAAAGACAGCAAGAAUCGUCACCAACCCCAUGACCUUGUCAAUGAACGAAAUGGUCAUGGGCAUUUCUUCCCAGGAUAUUCUCUGGCAGCUGAAGCACGAGGAACUUGCAGCACGCCCAUCAGACACCAACCCCCUCUCAAGACUUUCCCGGCAUCUACUCGAGCAGAGGCACUUCUUCCCGCUCUUCCCACCCACAGACCGUAAAAAAUUGCCCAAGACAGGCACAGAGGAGGGCAUGCCACCAGGCGCCAUGCUGGAUCUCAGCUACCUUAAGCUCGGCGAGAUGGUAAACGUUCGCCCUGAUGUUUUGAUUGUCCCCAGUUUCCUCCCGCCGUUCGCAAAGGUCGUCGAGAGCGUGCUCGUAAUCAACCCAGGCUAUCUGUCCAAAAGGCGAGGCGCAGGCACGUAUGCGCGCUUGACGCUGUUCCCACCAAAGGUCGACACAUCAUCAGAAACCAUGGUAAGCCAUGGUAUCUUUGAUCGCGCGCGUGUGGAGGUCAAGAAAAUCUGA